AUGAGCUCAAAUACUUCUAAUUUUCUCGUGCUUUUAAAAACUUUUACUGAAUCGCUCGAGCGUGCGUUCGCCGCGAACGAUAUCGAGGUGCUGAAAGCGGAAUACGAUGCAGCACGGGCCAGUGAUAACGACAAAAAGACGGCCCUGCAUCAGGCGUUUCGCGAUAUGCUGCUCACCAAGGCGGAAGACAUUCCAGCCAUCGAAGGAUUCAUCAGCUUUGCGGUAAAUUCCUGCCGGAAGGAUAUGACCGUCGCUACGAUGCCGGUCGUACUGUUGGGCGAUAUUUUCGAUGCGGUCACCCUCGAUCGGGCGGAACAGAUAUUCACGUACGUCGAGAAUAAUGUGGCCAUCUGGAAGGAAGAAUUUUUCUUCACCGCCUGCAAACACAAUUUGUUGCGUAUGUGUAAUGAUCUUUUGCGGCGACUUUCCCGCUCCCAGAACACAGUGUUCUGUGGCCGGAUACUGUUGUUUUUGGCCAAGUUUUUUCCCUUCUCGGAGCGUAGUGGGUUGAAUAUAAUUUCGGAAUUCAAUCUGGAAAACCUCACUGAGUACGGGAUGGAUGGGAACGAGAUGGUUGUGGAGCAGCUUUCGUCCUCCGGUGGUGCGGAUCCGGAUGCAGUGGACGGUGAAGCGGAGGAGAACAAGCUAAAAAUCGAUUACAAUUUAUACUGCAAGUUUUGGGCGCUGCAGGACUUUUUCCGCAAUCCAAACCAGUGCUACAACAAGGUACAGUGGAAAACGUUUGAAACACACGCGAAAAGUGUUCUGUCGGCGUUUAGCAGCUUCAAGCUAGAGGAACACCGAGCUUCGUCUAGUACGGCCGUCCCGAAAGCGAUGGACGGUACCACUGCCAACAGUAGCAGUCCGAUGGAGCAAGAUGAGAUACGAGAAUCGGGACACUUUUUCGCGAAAUUUCUCACCAACCCGAAGCUACUUUCGCUUCAGCUGUCCGAUUCCAACUUUCGGCGAUCGGUGCUGGUACAGUUUCUGAUCCUUUUCCAGUAUCUUAACUCGACGGUAAAGUUUAAGGCGGAGACGCACGUCCUCACCCAGGCGCAGAGUGAUUGGUUGAAGGAAACGGAAACACAGGUCUACCAAUUGAUCGAAGAAUCGCCACCGAAUGGGAAAAAGUUUGCCAACACCGCACGGCACAUGUUGCUGCGCGAGGAGCUGUGGAAUAGUUGGAAAAAUGAGGGUUGCAAGGAGUUUAAGCGUCCUGAAGCGGUACUGGAAGAUACAGAUUCAUCGACAGCACAGAAAACGGCCGGUGGUACUGGAUCAUCGGUGGGAGGCACUCCCUCGACUGGGAGUGGACGACCACCGACCAAGCGACCCCGAAAACCGUUGGGCGAUCUGAUCCGCGACGCAACCAAGCAGGGAAAAUUCCACAUGGGCAACCCGGAGAUUACACGCUUGUGGAACCUUUGCCCGGAUAAUCUUCAGGCAUGCAAAGGCACCGAUCGUAACUUUCUGCCAUCGCUCGAGACGUACCUGGAAAAUCCGAAGGAAAAGCAAGACCCUUCGUUCGAGUGGCGUGCAUUGCGCUUGCUGGCACGGCAAUCGCCACAUUUCUUUACGCUUUUCAACACACCCUCGUACAAAGUUUCCGACUAUCUGGAAAGCGUGCGCAAGAAGAUCCAGAAGGACAAGCUUGAUAUCAAGCUGGAGCAUGCGAUACAGGAAGAAAUAGCAAACCCAACAAACACCGAACAACCCGAGCCCGAGGGUGAGGGAUUUGUGGGAGAGGAAGAGCAGGAGCAGAUGGAUACAGAGCUGUUGAAGACGGAACAGUUAACACCGGAGGACAAAAACACACACAAAACGCUUGCAGUGACGAAGGAACAGCUGUCCGAGCUGGCACCGAGCAUUGGACGCGACUGGAAGAAGCUGGCCACGAAGCUUGGUUACGGGGCGGACGAGAUACAGUACUUUGAGACGGAGCAUGUGACCGUGUCAGAUCAGUGUUGCCACCUUCUGACGCUCUGGUUCGACGACGAUAUGGACGCAAGUUUGGACAAUUUGGCAUACAUACUGGAGGGUUUGGACAUGGUACCGGCUGCCGAUGCGGUGAAGCAAAUGAUCGCAUUGCUGAGUGAGAAGGUUGAGGAAGUAUCGGAAUGA